AAAUAUUUCUCAGAAAGUGAAGCGCCUUUUCACUGUUGCAAAAGUCAGGUGACGUGUCAUGCAUUCUUAGUUGUGUGAUUUCACACAUUGCUCUGCAGCUUCGAGGGUGUGAGCAUGAAGUGAAGCAGAAGUAUUCAGGGGAACAGAGAAGAGUGAAAAUGAACAAUAGUAUGAACAAUUGCAGGGAAUAUGAAUUUCAAAUCAAAUUCCUACCACCACUGUAUGGCAUUGAAAUGUGUGUGGCUUUAGCCGGGAAUUUAUUUGCCUUGUGGCUCCUGUUCAUGAAAGAGAGAAAGAACUGGCACACUGGAGUUGUGUUCUCCUGUAACCUGGCCAUCAGUGAUGUACUUUAUGUCCUAACCUUGCCUUUGCUCAUCAUUUACUAUGCCAAAAAGAAGCAGUGGACAUUUGGAGUUGCUGCAUGCAAAAUCGAACGCUUCCUCUUUAACUGCAACCUCUACGUCAGCAUUAUUUUUAUCAUGUGCAUCAGCAUCAACAGAUAUCUGGCAAUCGUCUACCCAUUCUUCACCCGCAGCUACGUUCGGCCUAAACAUGCGAAGAUCAUAAGCGCGCUGACAUGGCUCAUAGUGGUAAUAACUGUGUCACCAGUCCUUCAUUUUGCUGGAACGAAGAUCACAUAUGCAAAUAAAACACUUUGUGUGUCAUGUUAUAAUGAAGAUAUGAAAAAAACCCAUUUCCAGUACAAGGUAUUUCUCAUGGUUGUGGGAUGCAUGAUUCCUUUUGUAGUUACCUUUGCAUCUUAUCUAGGUGUGAUUUGGACUGUUCUGCAAAAUAAAAAUAUCACCAUGUUGGAGAAAAGGAAAGUGGCUCUACUGGUAGGUUUGGUCUGUGUCCUAUACGCCAUAUCAUUUGUGCCUUAUCAUGUUUUGCAGACAUAUCAAGAGUACUUAAGAUUGUAUGGCAAGCCUAAUCAAGAGAGUGCAUUUUGCAGGGUGCAUGAUUCAUAUCAAGUGUCAAAAGUGUUGACCACCUUAAACAUGUGCAUACAUCCGCUUUUGUACAUGGCUGUUUUUGACAGCAUACGGACAGUUUGCUGUGGAAGGAGCUCAGAUGAUGCUUUUUAAAUGAUGCAUGCAGUGGCUUCCUGGAUAUAGUUUGCAGGCAAACCACAAAGCAGAUAAGACAGCUAGAUCAAAUGUUUUUCCUUUGCUUUUUUGCUUUAACUGUGAAUUAUCAGAUGGUAGCAAGUGAAUGUAAAGUGCUUAAGAUGUAAAGACUUAAUAAAGAUGCAUGAUGGUC